AUUUAUAAUCUUACCUUUAAGUUAGAGGACUACUACUCGUAUAUUUAACAUAAAUACAAGACUGGAUAAUGGCCUCCUCAAGUCGGCAUAAAUGUUUAAAUAGUCCUAAUGCCUUCUGUUACAUAUGUGGCUGUUACACACUUAAACGUCAAAGACACAAUAUUUCAUCAUUUGUCAGACGUGUGUACGCAAAAUAUUUUAAGGUUCCACUAGGCGAUCAAGACAAAAAAUGGGCUCCGCAUAUUGUGUGUCAUAACUGUGAAUAAACGCUUCGUGACUGGACGAAAGGCAUGUCUUUUGGUGUUCCCAUGGUUUGGCGAGAACCAAAUGACCACAUUAGCGAUUGCUAUUUUUGCCUGACCAAUACUAAGGGUGUCUGCAAGAAAAACAGGCAUGGUAUUUUAUAUCCCAGUAUUCCGUCAGCAAUACGACCUGUCCCACACUCUCACACACUCCCGGUUCCGGUUUUCAAUGGUUUUGUUUCUUUUGAGGACGAAGAAAGCGAAAGUGAUCAAGAGGCUUUUGAUCAGAUGUAUGACAAAAUGGUUGCAGAAUCUGAUGGAUCUUCUUCUGACUCCAGACAGUCAUUAACCCCCGAUCAGUUUAGUCAAUCUGAAUUGAACAACUUAGUGCGUGAUCUGGACCUCUCUAAGAAAGCAGCUGAGUUAUUAGCUUCCAGGCUACAAGAGAAGGAUCUACUUCAACGCUCAGCUAAAGUUUCUUAUUUCAGAAAGCAGGAACAAAUUUUUGUCAAAUUCUUUUCUGAAGACAGGCACUUUGUGUACUGCCAUGAUAUCAAAGGUCUUCUUAGUCUGUUAGGUUUUACCUCUUAUAGUUCAACAGAAAGGCACCUCUUUCUUGAUAGCUCUAAGCGCAGUCUGAAAUGUGUUAUAUUGCACAAUGGGAAUAUUUAUGGAGCAGUUUCAAUUGGUCAUUCAGUUCAUGUGCGAGAAGAAUACAAUGAUGUUAAAUCAAUGAUCAGCUUACUUAAUUACCAUGACCAUAACUGGAUCAUUUGUGUGGAUCUUAAAAUGGUGAACUUCCUCCUUGGACAACAGAAAGGGUUCACAAAAUAUCCUUGCUACCUUUGCAUGUGGGAUAGCCGUGCUCAAGAGAAACAAUGGAAACAAAAGGAGUGGCCCCUACGUAAAACUCUGGAAGUAGGUAUGCCAAAUAUUGUAAAUGAACCUAUUGUUAGCCAAGACAGAAACGUCUUCCCCCCGCUUCACAUCAAGCUUGGGUUGAUGAAGCAAUUCAUAAAGGCAUUGCAUACUGAAAGUGAUUGUUUCAAACACAUUGUUUCUGCUUUCCCUUGUCUGUCAUACGAGAAAAUAAAAGCAGGUGUGUUUGAUGGACCUCAAAUUAGGGCCCUUGAGCGUGACGAGGAAUUUGUCAUGAAGAUGGAUGAAAAGGAGAGAGCAGCAUGGGUGUCUUUUGUAGAAGUUAUGAAAAACUUCCUUGGUAACAAAAAAGCAGAAAACUAUGAAGUUUUGGUUCAAAGGAUGUUAAUUGCAUUUUGAGAUCUUGGUUGCAACAUGAGCAUUAAGAUGCACUUCCUGAAUCAAUUCCCUGAAAACCUUGGGUCUGUUAGCAAUGAGCAGGGAGAACGUUUCCAUAAAGACCUGAAGACGAUGGAACAGCGUUACCAAGGGCGAUGGGACAGGAAUAUGAUGGCUGACUACUGCUGGAGUAUCAAACGAGAUUGUCCCAAGCAAAUUCACAAACGCAAAAGCUACAAGCGCAAAUUAUUGCCCGAUUAGAACCUGACAGUCCUU